AUGGAGGCGAUACCAUCAUCAAUGGCGGAGGAGAAGUUUCGCGUCGUCAUUGUGGGUGGUGGCCCGGUCAGCCUGACGGCGGCGCACGCGCUGUACCGGGCGGGCAUUGACUUUGUCAUGCUCGAGGCGCGCGAUACGUGUAUCCCCGAGGAGGGCGCCAGUCUGCUGUCCUAUGCUUCGACGCACCGCGUGUGGCAUCAGCUCGGGCUGUAUACCGCCAUGGAGGCCCAAAGUGCGCCCAUUGAGUCACGGACCAUCCUCACGCACGCCGGUCGCGUCUAUCGCACUGGCUCGCCUGCCCUCUUCCACCGCAGGUUGUUUGGCACGCCGCCGUGGAACUUUCACCGGCGCGAACUCGUUCGGGUGCUUUAUGAUGCUCUUCCGUCAGACACGCGAGCUGCCUGCAUCUUGACGGGUAAGAAGGUGUGCGAGAUUGCACCUGAUGCGUCGGGCGUCACGGUUCGCUGCGAGGAUGGUACCGUAGAGCGUGGAACCAUGGUGCUCGGUGUCGACGGCGUCCACAGCAAGACACGCGGCAUGAUGCGGACGCUGGCAUUGAAUGCCGGUGCCGAAAAGGCCCUCAUUAACCCGGAGCGGCCGUACCGAGCCGAGUACCGCUGCCUAUGGGGCACCUGCCCCCGCCCCGCGGCAUGCCCGCCAAAGUCCAGCUUUGAGGCCCACGGCUCGGUGCGCAGUCUCAUGUUCAUGACGGCACACGACCAGAGUUGGUUCUUCUUGUAUGAGCAGCUAGAGACACCCACGGAUAAUGCGCGCCGCGACUAUGCCGAGGCGGAUCAGGAACAGUUUGCCGCACGCUUUGCCGGCAUGCACGUUACGCCCGAGCUCGUGUUUGGCAAGGUCUGGCCCACGCGGACGGCUUGUGGCAUGGCUGACCAGCUCGAGGGCGUCCUGCCGCACUGGCGUCUGGCGCCGGCGGCGGGUGGACGCGUCGUCCUCGCUGGUGACGCUGUCCACAGAUUCACGCCCAACUUUGGCUGGGGUUACAACUCGGGCGUCAACGAUGUGGCCGUUUUGACAUCGCUGCUGCACGCCGAAGUGGUACAGAAGCGGUCGCCAUCGGCACUCUCGGCCGAGGCCCUCGACGACAUCUUUGCGCGUUACCAAAAGGCGCGCCAGAUCGACGACAACAUUGCCAACGUUGCCGCCAACAGCGCCAAGGUGACAAGGCAGAGUGCGCGCCCGCGUCAGUGGUUGGCGGCGGCCGUCUACUGGCUCCUCGAGCACGUCGUUCCGCUCCUUAUACCCAACUUUGAAAUGUUUGCGAGCAAGAAGGUCCUCGGCACAAUCAUGCGCCGUGGCCGCGUGCUCGACUUCCUCCCCGAGGAUGCGUCCGCUUGCACCGAUGCCCGCGUGUUUGGCGGCGAACUAGGAUGGGAUUUCCCGAUCCCUACCAUUGCCGCCGCUGCUGGAAAGAGCGUGGCAUUGAAUUCGGAGUAG